AUUUUUACCCAUGCACAGCCAUGGAGUGUGUGAUUUGUUGCGGAGAAGUUUCGCACGUUGGAUGCUUCUUGCCGUGUGGCCAUUGCCAGUGGCAUCAGGAGUGUAUUUCGGAUUGGCUUACCAGGCGAAGUAUUUGCCCUUUGUGCCGGACCCCUGCGCAGCAUGAUGAACAUAAAUUUCCAGUGCACCCAGAACAAAACAAUUGCACCAUUGGCAUUGCUGAAUUUCUUGGGGAGAUGAAAAGGAUGCUGUGCAACGAGGUCUUGCAUUUGGAAUUAAGAUACGAAGAACUGCAGCUAGAGGCGGCCAAUUUGGAACUUGGCGCCCAGCAGCUGGCAGCUCACAAGG